AUGGGAUUCAGCGAAGAAUACAGAGACUCGUUUAUACAAUGGUCCAUAGAAAAUGGAACCAAACUCAGUGAAUUCAUCACUGUCAAAGAUUCAAAUACUGGAGGAACAGGUGUUUUUUUCAAUAUAGAUGAAUACAUCAAACAAAACGGUGCAAUUGAUGAAGAAGAUCCAGUAAUAUUGAUGAGAGUACCUAAAAGAUUGACCCUAUCACUUGACUCAAUCGCUGAGAUGUUGUUAGCUCCUCAACUAAAGUAUGAUUUGAAAGCUAAUGGGGAUUAUAUCAAACAAGGUCAAGUUUUCCAGGUGUUUUUAAGCGAAUUAACUUCAAGUUUUCAAGAAGGUAUAGACCCUUAUUUCAGAGGUGGCUUAAAUGAAACAAACAUAUUAGUUGGUGAAAUUCAAAUCUUGACAGUUUUGAAAAAGAUCAGAGAUGAAUUGAUAUCAUCAAAUAUUUCUGAUGAGUAUAAAAAAUUUUUGAAAAACUCACCUUUUGCAAGAUUUGAUAGAUACAUUGAUUUACUAUACCAUACAGAUGUGAAUUCCGUCAAGUUGGAUGAAUACUAUGACCUAUACAAGAAUCAAUUCAAAUAUAAUCAAAGAGAGUAUAGAUUUAUGAUUGAAAAGACCAAGAAUUUGGCAAUCUACAAUGCAUUAAACAGUAUUGAUGAAGAUUUAGGAUUUGAUCCAAAAGAUUUUGUUGAUAUUAGGUUUCUACAAAAAAUUGAAAUCUCUGUAAUUUCAAGAAUUUUGGAAAUUCCUGAAGCUUUGAAACCACGUCAACAAGAAGUUUCAAAUACUCAAGGUCGUUAUGAUAAGUUUAAUGACCCAGAUACAAAAGAUCCAAGAAAAGUUCAAAGAUUGGAGACACAAGAAGAUGGUGACAUUGAGGAUGGUUACGUUGAAGAAGAUGGUGAUGAUACUCCUGAUGAAAGUGAAAAAUAUGGGUUUGCAGUUGCAUCUACAAUGGUUCCUGUUAUUGACUUUGUGAAUCAUAGUAAUGAUAAAGCUAACUCAAACUUUGAUGUCGAUAAAGAAACUAAAGAUGUGUUGCUGAAGUAUAAUCACAAAGACCCAAAACUCAAAGGUGAAGUUGAACUAUUCAUCACUUAUUCAGAAUAUGAAGAUGUUUUCAAUUUCAUCAAUGCAUAUGGAUUUGUCCCAAAGAGUAAUAAAACUAAUCCAUUUUAUGAACAUGCCAUUGAUAGAGAUUUCGUAUCAACCUACAAGAUUGAAAGUGAAGUUGAUGGUGAGAAGUAUGAACAUAAUUUAGGUAACGUUUUAAAAUGGUUAGGACAAGCUCCAAAUAUUCAAUUUGUUUUAACUUAUGAAGGCGAUGAGCUGAAAGAUGUGAAAUUGAAUCUUGAUCAAAACUUUAUCAUAUUUGGAUUCACAAAAGGGUUGUCAUAUGACCCGGCAAAGGCAUUUCAAAUCAUAAAAGACUUACAAGAAGAUGGAGUUGGUGAUGAUUUUAUCCAAGAAGUUUUAGAUUUGGAAGAAAGUGCAUCAAAUGAUACAAUUGAUUCUGAAGGAUUAACCCCAUAUAAGCUCCAUGGAGUUGAAGGAUACGUUGACUUGUUCUCCAUAAUUGAAAAUACAUCAGAUGAAGAAGUUAAUAACUUGAUGAUUGAGUUUGUUCAAUUCUUGUUGAUUUAUUUCAGAUAUCGCAUCAAGGAUCUAGAUAAUGGGUUGUUAUUGAAAGCCAAAAAUCUGAAAUCAAUUAUUACACAAUUUGGUGUUUUUGAAAGGGAAAUUUUAAGAAAAUUUAUUGAAAUUGCUCAAGGUUUAGAAAGUAAAGAACAAUUUCUUGAUUUUAUCAUUGGUGCUGAGGAGUUGGAUGUUGAAUGGUUGAAAUAUAGAUUGAAUCCAAGAUAUGUUUCGUUUGAAACGAAAUUGGAACUUCAAAAGAAAUAUAUGACAUCUGCAUUCACUCAACUUGGAAUUAACCCAUUAGAGGAUGGAAAUACAAGAACUUCAGCUUGA